AUGAACAGGUCUCACCUGUUUACCUUCUAUUCUUAUCCUCCUGCACCGCUUCUCUGUUCUUUACUUGAUCCCUCCCUGUAUGAAUACUCUCCUCCUCCUCCCCUCAUCCACAUGACCGCAAGAAAAAGUUGCCCAAUCUUAAAGUUGGCGACAAGUCGUUUCAUGAGUCUAGUGUCCGUCUUUAGCAACAACACAACACAACCGCUACCUUUCUCACUUCUCCUUUUGCACUAGUACAUAGACGAGCGGCAGAAGCUGUUGUACCUGCCCACCUUCUGAAGGAGUUUGAAGAUCCAGGAGACAGCAUGGAGGUUCUGGUGCUGAUAGACUUCGAGGGCACGCUGGGCGAUGAGAUGACAGUGCGGACAGGAGACCUGGUGAAGAAGGUGACGAAGGCCUCGGAGGAGGGCUGGCUGGAGGGGGAGCUUCAUGGCCGCAGGGGCAUCUUCCCCGCUAACUUCGCCAAGGAAGUCCCCGUCUACCUGAUCGGAGACCACAAACGGGAGCCAACUCUGAGGAAAUCCAAGAUGAUGAAGCAGCAGAGGAAGUGUGAGGUGUCGUUCUCCUACACGCCGCUGAACGAGGACGAGCUGCAGCUGAACGUCGGGGAGACGGUCGUCAUCCUCAGAGAGAUAGAAGACGGUUGGUGGCUGGGCAUGAAAGAUGGGAAAGUCGGAGCCUUUCCGUCCAACUUCGCCAAAGAGAUCUUCGCUGGUCCUAAAGAGGCCAAGAACAACGAGGGCAAGACGAGACCCAAGCUCACCGACGCAGUGUUCACUAAAGAGAGCAAACUGCCGCAGAAAGCGAGUGUGAGGAGAAAACCAAAGGCUGACGCAGAAAGGGCUCUUGUCAUGUUUGACUACGCCCCCAAGACCGAAGACGAACUGGAGCUCAAGAAAGGAAACAUCGUCUCCAUCAUAAACAAGGAAACGGAGGACGAAGGCUGGUGGGAGGGAAAGCUGGACGGACGCCAGGGAUUCUUCCCUGACAACUUUGUCAUGGCGAUACCACCGCAAGACGCACAAUCGGACGCCGUGAGCGACCCACCCGCGCGUAAAGAAGCCACCACGCCGCCAGCUUGUCCAACGCCAGCGAUGGACAGAGCUGUUCCUACCAAGACCAAAGAUGAGAAGCCGGACCUCCGCAGUAACCCCCCCGUCAAGGUGAAGCUGCCGUCUCUUGUCCGGCCCACCCCACCCCCUGUGAAGGACAAACCUGGCAAGGUGUCACAGAGUAAGAGCAACGGUGAUCUGCAAACAGACCAGUUUGAUGGCGUCGAGCCAGCCCCCGAGAAGCUGAGCCACCCCACGGCGGGUCGGGCCAAACCCCCUGGCCGCAGACCCCCCUCUGGUCUGGUUUCACCCGGACCGGAUACUUCUGAAGAACCAGAGCUAUUUUCUCCGUCCAGAGUGUCGCCUCUGAGAAAGUCGCAAAGCAUGUCAAAGGCGUCAGACAGUAAAGCAUCAGCACCCAGGCCAGAUCCCGAGGCGAGGACCCCGCCCGGAGAGCCCUCUCUGGAGGAUCUGCAGGCCGACAUCAGGGAGCUCAGGAUGGCACUGGAGCUCCUCAAGACUCGGCAAGAACAAGACAUGAAGGAAGUGAAAGAGGAACUGAAUCAGGAGAGACUGAAACGGACGAUGCUUCAGGAGGAAGUACACAGUCUGCGGAUGAAACAUUGAUAGUGUCUGGAUUAUUCUUGGCCUCCCUGCGGUAGAUGAGACCAAAGAACUUUUCUUCGUCUGUCGGGAAGUACAAAAAGAUCAGAAAGACAAGUGACCUCACUGCUGUGAGCAGACAAGAGAGCUAGCUAAGAUCAAAAAGCUAGCUUCUCUCUGGACCAGCCUUGUAUUAAAAGGUUAAAUACUAUACCUUUGUCAUUGUACUUGUGGAGCUGUAUUUCUGAUUUCUGGAAGCCUAAUAUGUAUAUUUUUUUAUGUUUCUUUUUUUUAAGAAAUUUUGCUUUGUUCAUUAUUUUGUAAAUCUCACCCAGUUGCUGACUAUGGGAUUGGUUGGCAAAAUAAGGAUUUUUUUUUUUUUGUAUAUUGAAACAAACCAUAAAUGUAUAUAAAUGCAUUUAAUGGACGUUGCUGGUUUUUACUCCUGAGGUAAAAUAAAAAAGAUUCGAAUUGUUAUCAAAAAGAUGAUAUAAAUUCCAAUUUGUUAUAUUGGAAUUUCGAUCUACAAGCUUUGUUUUUCAACUGCAGUAGUAAAAUAAACCUGUAGAGGGCAGUGACGGUCUGUUUCUGUUUUUUAACUGGCUGUAUCUGACGUAGAGUUUCUAUAUUACAUUCGUCCCAGGACGGAACCAUGUAUGUUACAGUUUAUCAAUUAAAUUUAUUUUAAUUUAUCAUUUAAAGAAAAAAGAAAUCUGUUGAUAUAUUGAGCCUGGGAGGGUAGGUUCAAUAUAUCUGCUUGAAGAAAAAAACAAGUUCUGUUGAUAUAUUGAGCCUGGGGGAGUUAGGUUCGAUAUAUCGCUUGAAAUAAAUAUUUUCAUCGAGAUUCCCUAUCGAUAUACUGAGCCUUGGGGGGUAGGCUCAAUAUAUCGCUUGAAGAAAAAAAGAAUUUCUUCAAGCGGGGUAGGUUCAAUAUAUUGCUUAAAAAAAUACUUUUAAAAAUCUAUAAAGCCUAUAUACAAUAUAUGUAUUGAACCAUGGGGCGGUAGGUUCAAUAUAUCGCUUGAAAAAAAUAAAUAAAAUCGGUCGAUAUAUUGAGCCUAUAUGUUCAAUAUUUUUCUUGAAAAAUUAAUUAAAAAAUCUAUACAGCCUAUAUAUACAAUAUAUACAACACAAAAAAAUCAAAGUAGCCUAUCGAUAUAUUGAAACUACCGUCCCAGGUUCAAUAUAUCGAUAGGCUAUUUCGAUUUUUUUGUUUUGUUCAAGCAAUAUAUUGAACCUACCCCCCCAGGUUCAAUAAAUCGAUAGGCUACAUUGAUAUUAUUUUUCUCUUCAAUCGAUAUAUUGAACUUACCCCCCCCCCCCCCCCCCCCCC